GCUUUCCAGGGUUAUUACUGGCCGAGGCUGCCGCCUGCGAACAGGCUUUGGCAGCCCCCUCGUGUCCUUGUUCGAAAAGGGCAGCUGACUUGUUCAGGAGAACAUUGCAGAGCGAGCGGGCGGGCAGGGCGGCUGGAGGGCCCCAGGCGGAAAGAAGCCCGCCCUUCGCUUCCCGAGGCGAACUUUCCCUUGGGAUCCUGGACAGCUAUAGGACGCCGAGGCAUAAAAAGGAUUAAGGCGGGAAAGAGGCGCGGUGGGGUGGCUGCGCAGGGCGGGGCGGCGCUGGGAUCUCGUCCUUCUCCCGAGGGGAGCGCCCGGGGCAGAAGCAUCGCCGCGCGGACUAAAGGAAGCUCCAAGCCGGGGGCGCAGGCGGACAGUGCUGCCCAGCGAGAGGCCGCUGCCGCAGCGCUAUGGAGGGGAGCCCGAUCCCGGUGCUCACGGUGCAGACGGUCCCGUACGAGGACCAGAAGCCGACGGGCGGCGGAGGGCUGAGAAGGCCCACCGCGGUCUUCGAGGGCCAGCGCAACUACCUGCCCAACUUCGUGCAGAGCGUGCUCUCCUCUGUCGACUUGCGCGACCGCCAGGGCUGCACCAUGGUGGUGGGCAGCGACGGCAGGUACUUCAGCAGGACGGCCAUCGAGGUGGUGGUGCAGAUGGCGGCAGCUAACGGGAUUGGAAGAUUGGUUAUUGGGCAGAAUGGCAUUUUAUCUACCCCUGCUGUGUCAUGCAUUAUCAGAAAGGUCAAAGCUGCUGGUGGGAUCAUUCUCACAGCUAGUCACUGUCCUGGAGGACCUGGAGGAGAAUUUGGAGUGAAGUUUAACAUUGCCAAUGGAGGUCCAGCUCCAGAUGUUAUUUUUGAUAAAAUUUACCAGAUCAGCAAAACCCUUGAAGAGUAUGCCAUUUGCCCUGAUUUGAGAAUUGAUUUAUCUCGGUUGGGAAGACAGGAGUUUGAUCUGGAGAAUAAAUUCAAGCCUUUCCGGGUUGAAAUAGUAGACUCUGUGGAAGUUUACCUUAAUCUUCUGCGGACCAUCUUUGAUUUCAGUGCUAUUAGAGGCUUGCUAACAGGGCCAAAUCAACUUAAGAUCAGAAUUGAUGCCAUGAAUGGAGUGAUGGGCCCCUAUGUCCGGAGAAUCCUGUGUGAUGAAUUAGGAGCUCCUGCUAAUUCUGCAGUUGACUGUGUCCCUCUGGAAGAUUUUGGUGGCCAGUACCCUGAUCCAAACCUGACAUAUGCAACUUCUUUGCUGGAAGCAAUGAAAGGAGGAGAGUAUGGAUUUGGAGCUGCUUUUGAUGCUGAUGGAGACCGUUACAUGAUUCUAGGUCAAAAUGGAUUUUUUGUUAAUCCUUCUGAUUCCCUGGCCAUUAUUGCAGCAAAUCUCCAUUUCAUUCCGUAUUUUCGUCAGAUGGCUGUGCGAGGGUUUGGUAGGAGUAUGCCUACCAGCACUGCAUUGGACAGGGUUGCAAAAUCAAUGAAAGUACCUGUAUAUGAAACACCAGUAGGAUGGAGGUAUUUCUCAAAUCUGAUGGAUUCUGGUCGAUGUUCCCUCUGUGGAGAAGAAAGUUUUGGCACUGGAUCUGACCACAUCCGAGAGAAAGAUGGACUUUGGGCUGUUUUAAUUUGGCUCUCAAUCAUGGCAGCUCGAAAGCAGGGUGUGGAGGAAAUUGUUAGAGAUCACUGGACAAAAUUUGGCCGUCACUACUACUGCAGAUUUGAUUAUGAAGCACUGGAUCCUAGAAUGGCACACUUCAUAAUGAGAGACCUGGAAGCCUUGAUCACUGACAAAUCUUUCACUAAUCAACAGUUUGCUGUUGGAAACAAUGUUUACACUGUGCAGAAAGGAACCAGCUUUGAAUAUGUGGAUCCCGUAGAUGGCACUGUGACCAAAAGACAGGGGCUCAGGAUUAUUUUCUCUGAUGCUUCCAGACUCAUCUUUAGAUUAAGUGCUUCAAGCCAUGUCCGAGCCACCCUUAGAAUCUAUGCAGAGAGCUAUGAAAAAGAUCCCAGCAGACAUGAGAGAGAACCACAGGAUUUUACCACUUUUUGGGGUAGACUGGGUGCGGAGGAGACCGCGAGGGGGUUUUACCCCCUUUGGUAUGUUGACUCGGGCGCAACCCCUGGACGAAGCGACAGGGCACUGGCAGAACGUGGCAGUGCGCAGCAGAGAGCAGCAGCCUUGGACAAGCCUCGGGUGAGCUCUGGCGCGGCGCAGUUCCUGUAUGGUGCAGCGAGCCGCCAGAGCAGAGAGCUUUGUUGGCCCCCGGCUCUUGACAAGCCCUGGGAUGGCAUGGCGAACCCCAAGGGGCACCGGUGCAGUGCGGUGAGCCUACUGAGCCCACCUAGUCUCGGAGCAGUGGAGAGAGCCCUUGUGAACCUUGGUGUGGGCAGCGACCUAUGGCGAGCCCUGAAAUGA